CGAGAGCAGGCAUUGGCUAAUGUCUGAUGUGGGUGGGUUUGAGGCCAAACAACACGCUCGACUGCCAGAGUUGAGUUUAGUUGUUGUGCGACCUACUUCUACGAAAGAGUGGUAAACUGUGAUUAAGACCUGCAAGUUGUGAUUUAUCCUCGAAUUACUGACUGUAAAAAUGGUGGACUACCGGCGUUAUGUUGUUUUCAUUUUCCUUUUUGUUGUUAACGUAACCGUGAUGUUCGCCCAGAGCACUGACUCCGUAGCAACUUGUGCCUCCAAAACCAACACGAGUUGCGAAGAGUGCCUGAAGAAUGUGACGUGUUUGUGGUGUGAGAGCAGCGGAGGCUGUGUAGAGUACCCCGUGAGGAAGAUCCUGCCUCCCCACAGCCUGUGCCCCCUUCCUCAGGCCAGGUGGGGAGUCUGCUGGGUGAACUUCCAGGCCCUGAUCAUCACCAUGUCUGUGGUGGGAGGGGUCAUCCUCAUCAGUCUGUGUGUCUGUUUCUAUCGCUGCUGCUGCUCAUGUGGGAACUCCAAGAGAGACGGUAGGCUGGAAGAGAGGAUGGACCACCAGGCGGACAUGAGGAAGAUGAAACACGAGGAGAGGAAAGCAGAGAUGCGGAACAGACACGAUGACAUCAGGAAGAAGUACGGUCUGAUGAAGGACGAUGCUUACACCAAAUUUGAAAACAACUGAGAGACCCAGUGAGAGACGGUCCCCGGUUCUAGAACACCCUCACCUUUGUGCAAAGAGGUUCUGCUUCUAGAACAUGUUUUCAAUUCUUUUACUUCUUCAAAAACGUUCCUCCUGAACCACCAUUGUUACUGAGGUGGUCUCGUAUGAGCUGACGCAGCCUUCUCAUUACCCCUCCCCCCUCCCCCGUGCUGUUUUCUUCCCCUCUUUCCUGUCCUCCUCAGCUGUCUUCCUAUUCUCCCCUUCUUCCUGUUUAUUCUCUUGUUUUAGUCCAAGUGGGGGUGUGGGGGGGGUGAGACGGCUGAAACAAAUAGCGUGUGUUCGGUCUGUGGUUGAUUGCACUGUACGUGAUUGUCCUGUCCUUCAGUGCUAGACGUGCCAAAUUAGAGGGGAGGCACUGUGUAGCACCUGCCUCUGUUAGCUGAAAGAGAGAUCUAUUUCGUACUGCUUUGUUUUGUUCUGUUCUGUAGGCCAAGUAGUUUAAAGCCAGUGAGUCUUUCAUUUUAAAUGAGUGUUUCAGGGCCAAGGAUUCACACUGUUAAGCAGAUUUGCUUCUUAAUCAUUUUUCUUACGUCUGACUUAUUACUUAUCUCCAAAGACAUGUGAAACUUAAGUAUUGAGAAGAUGCCGUGUGUUGUGUGAGAUGAGGUCCGCUGCAGUUCAACACAAUCUCAAGUCAUUUCAGCAGUGACUUCCUGACCCUGGAAGACCACCUCAAAGGAUGUGAAAAUGUCCGACUUAGUUUCAGCACUCCACCAAACCUCCAAAAAAAAAGACCAAAGUCGUCGUUCCUGGUCACACAGGACGUCCAUCUUUUAGAGCUGCCGUGCUCUCCAGCGUAGGCAGUUGAGAGGGUUCAGAGGUCAGACUUCCUUCAGAAUGACCUCCGUGUCACGUGACCCUAUUUUUAACAUUAUCAGUCUCCCUGGCAACCCUCCACGCAUUGCGUUUUACUCAGACAAGAACAUUUCAGGUACAAAGUAUUGUUCUGCAUGUUCUGGCUACGGGGGCGGAGAAAUAAACAGGACUUUCAAAUGGUCUCUGUUUUAGUUAAGGUUGGCUAUUGUGUCACAAUUUCAUGUAUCCAAAGAAGCUCUACGUGGUAUCUGUUUGUUAUAUAACUGUAGCCUAUGACGAUGUCCUGUGAAUCUUAUACCGGUGCCUAAGAAUCAUAUUGUUUACUGUCUGUUGCCAUGUGAAAAACAAUCUGAUUUGUUCGUGUAACUUUUGAAUCAUUAGCUUUUAUUAAAGCUCAUAUGCUAGAAUUUCUACAGUG